UCAGCUUCUGUUGAAUGCUCGAGUAAUCUGACAGACUGAUGGAGUGGGUGGAGGAGAGAGAGCUCUGGUUGGGCGGAUCUGACACUGGUUUGCCUUCGGACCGCCUUUCCCGAUCCCUCCUCAAGCCUCCGGGGCUGCUGCGCUCGUGUUUAGUUGCCCCUCUCAUAGUCAAAGGAAGGAUUGAUUCCUUUGGGAAGAGACACAAAUCACUUCAAUUUGAUCGAGAGGGCUCAGGAUACAGCCUCAUCUUGAAUUAUCCACUUUUUAGUUUUUUUUUCUCCUGAUAAAGAAAACCGGAAAAAAGAAGACAAGAGGCGAGAAGUUGUUAGGUCAUGAUGACAUGUGAUAUGAGAUCUGCUUGAUCGCACCAGCUGCUCACAGGAAACAUUAUCGGCACAGAAAACACGUCUUUCUUUUUGUUUCCACUUUGCGUCUUAGUGACACCGUGAUCUGUCCUGGUUUCCAAACUCCUUCCCGUCGGAGCGCUGAACUGCCUCUCUCUCUCUCUCUCUCUCUCUCUCUUACGCACGGGAGGUGGGCACCUGAGAACACUACCAACGGGAAGAGAGUGUGAGAGAUCCCGGUUUCAUGUUUGGGAUUCAGGAGAGCAUCCAAAGGAGUGGGAGUAUUUUGAAAGAGGAGCCCAUCGGAGCCGGCAUGGACGCAGUCCGAACAUGGAUGCAAGGCGCCGGGGUGCUGGAUGCGAACACGGCCGCGCAGAGUGGAGUGGGACUGGCCCGGGCGCACUUCGAGAAACAGCCGCCCUCAAAUCUCCGCAAAUCCAACUUCUUCCACUUCGUUUUAGCCCUUUAUGACCGACAAGGACAGCCGGUGGAAAUUGAGAGAACCUCUUUUGUCGGAUUUGUGGAAAAAGAGAAGGAGACUACAGGAGAAAAGACAAACAAUGGCAUUCAUUACAGACUGCAACUUCUCUACAGCAACGGCAUCAGAACAGAGCAGGAUUUUUAUGUAAGACUAAUUGACUCCAUGACUAAACAGGCCAUCAUAUAUGAAGGUCAAGACAAGAACCCAGAGAUGUGCCGUGUGCUCCUGACUCAUGAAAUCAUGUGCAGUCGUUGUUGUGACAAAAAGAGUUGUGGGAACCGCAACGAGACACCCUCCGAUCCCGUCAUCAUCGACAGAUUUUUUCUCAAGUUUUUCCUGAAAUGCAAUCAGAACUGCCUGAAGAAUGCAGGAAAUCCACGGGACAUGCGGCGCUUUCAGGUGGUUGUGUCGACGACAGUGAGCGUAGAAGGACACGUUCUGGCUGUUUCGGACAAUAUGUUUGUGCACAACAACUCCAAACAUGGCAGAAGAGCUCGGCGACUGGACCCGUCGGAGGGAACGCCGUCAUACCUGGAGCACGCUGCACCUUGUAUCAAAGCCAUUAGUCCCAGUGAAGGCUGGACAACAGGAGGUGCUACUGUCAUCAUCAUUGGAGACAACUUCUUUGACGGACUGCAGGUCAUCUUCGGCACCAUGUUGGUCUGGAGUGAGCUCAUCACACCUCAUGCCAUCAGAGUUCAGACCCCUCCUCGUCACAUCCCCGGAGUGGUAGAGGUCACGCUUUCCUAUAAGUCCAAACAGUUUUGCAAAGGCACACCAGGAAGAUUCAUCUACACAGCUCUGAAUGAACCCACUAUAGACUAUGGCUUUCAGCGGUUACAGAAGGUGAUACCUCGGCAUCCAGGAGACCCUGAACGCUUACCAAAGGAAGUGAUUUUAAAAAGAGCAGCAGAUCUGGUGGAAGCCCUUUAUGGAAUGCCUCAUAAUAACCAGGAAAUCAUUCUUAAGCGAGCAGCGGACAUUGCUGAAGCCCUUUACAAUGUGCCACGAAACCACAACCAGCUGACCGGCCUCACCAACAGCUCUGUCCAUGCGAGCAUGAUGGGGGUGAACUCCUUCACUGGACAGCUCGCCAUUAACAUCUCAGAAUCCUCUCAGGGUGGAAACCAGGGUUUCAGUCGUAAUACGAGUAGCGUAUCACCACACGGUUAUGUGCCCAGUUCCACCCCUCAGCAGAGCAGUUACAGUACAGUAUCCACCAGCAUGAAUGGCUACGGCAACAGCAGCAUGACCAACCUGACCGGCUCCCCGAGCUUCCUGAACGGCUCUGCUGCCAACUCACCCUACGCAAUCGUCCCCUCCAGUCCCACCAUGGCCUCCUCCACCAGCCUGCCCUCAAACUGCAGCAGCUCCUCUGGAAUCUUUUCCUUCUCUCCGGCAAACAUGGUUUCAGCUGUGAAACAGAAGAGUGCGUUCGCUCCAGUCGUUCGGCCACAAUCCUCACCUCCACCGACAUGCACCAGCACCAAUGGGAAUGGUCUCCAAGAUCAGUCUUUUGUCGACUCUAGCAAGUACUCCACAGCCAGCGCGCUCCAGGGCCUGGCCUUCUCCUGAAUUAUCCCUGGAAUGAUCAUUCCUCCAAUGUAGAGUGCAUCUGUGAUUGUGAUUGUGUGUGUGUGUGUGUGUGUGUGUGUGUGUGUGUGUGUGUGUGUGUGUGUGUGUGUGUGUGUGUGUGCAUUUAUGUGCAGACGAGAAGAUGAAACAUGCUUUCAUGCCACUGGUCUCACUGAACAUAUGCAGGAAACUCCAGCGCUGGACUGACCUCAUGGUCCUGUUCUGAAGGAUGAAAAACUACAAACUCAGGCCCUUUUUAAACACAAUCUGCUUUGAAACAAAAAGAUUGAGAGGAAGAAAAAAAUAUUGAACUCGACUGUUGUACCUCCAUGUUUUGAUGUUGAAGUUUGUACUCACCUUCUAGACACUUUUUAAGAUAAGUGGCGACCCGCCCCAUCUACACAAUAACAUGAGGUCUAUUUAUUUAAAAACGUAGUUAAUGAAUUGCCAUCAUAUUUAUGUGUUUCUGUGUGUACCACCCUUUUAUGAAAUGAUACCUGACACAAUAUUGCAGUGGUUUCUAUUUAUAAUUUUAGAUGAAGGAUUCCAGAAGAUUUUUGCGUAGUAAUGUCCCACUGAAUUUUUUAAUUACAUUUGAAUUUGAACAACUGAAGUCAAUCAGUCUACAAAAUGCCAGCAAUUUAAGUUCAUAUUAAAACGGUACCAGGAGAAAAUAUAAUUUAUGCCUUUUUUUUACCAUAUUUAAAUACCACAUCAGAACAGAGAAACUUAGCUCCUUUGCUUUUUCACCAUCUUGAUUUUCAUACUCAUAUUCCAUUUGCUGAGAUUACGCUGCCUUCAAGUCCUUCUGGGAAGUUAUGAUUCCAAAAAAAAAAAAAAAGAA